CCAGCCCGACGGGCAACCAGCGAGGAGCGAGCAGCGCCGCCGCCCCUGCAAAACCGAGCCCAAGCCGAGCCGAGCGCCAGGCGGAGUGGACCUUCCUUGCUCGCGGGGCGCUUCUCCAGCGAAGCUACUCGUGACUCACAAAACCCAGAGGAAGGAGGCGCCUUCUGAAGCAGAAACACCAUGAUGGGAUUUUAAUUCCAGAUGCUCCCAGAAGACCCAUGUUUUCGAGAAGAGUGUUUUGCAGAAGAUCACAGUUGCCACGUUAAGCCUUUGCUAGAUGCCUCAACGCCAGACCAGAUCUCCCAGGAUGCUCUUCUACCUUCUUUCUGCCUUUUUCCAGCUCCAAGGUGUGCAUGGGAUGGGCAGCCACAAAGAGGACUUCCGCUUCUGUGCUGAGCGAAGACAAACGGUUGGAGGCCACAUUCGUUAUGACACUCAGCAGGAUGCUAUCACUAUCUCCAAUGGUGCCGACGGACUUAAUAUCAGUGCCCCGUUCCCACCGGGACCUCAGCAAUCCUGGGCCUUGCCUUCACAUUUGGGGACUUACCGCUUCUGCGUUUAUUGGUUUCAGGAUGACCAUCUGUUCAAUCUUACCUAUGGCAUCACUCAUUCCUACCAGCUGAGUAACCAAGCCAAUUAUUCAUUCUCCUCUCUAAAUUUCAACUACAAAGGGAGCAAAGAUGGGCCUGAUUUACUCAACAAUAUCUCCUACGCCUUCAACAAUGGCUUUGACAAUCGCUCCCUUCCGAGCAUGACAAGAUACAAGUUCUUCUUAGAUUUUCGGAAGAUAGAUCAGAAGGAAGCGUUGGUUCAAAACAGCAACGUGGAAGAAGAAAUGAGACGAACAGAGUUAAAACUGAAGAACUUGGGAACACGUCCUAGCAGUGAUCAGGAUGGGCCUCCGGAAGAUCCGUUUUUGUUCCUGCACCAGUUGGAAUCAACGCUGGGCGAAAUACAUUUCCAGGGAUAUCAGAAGACAUUUGACGGGACAGUAAUGCAUGCAAAUGUCCAGAAAGUCCCACUUCAAAUUCCUGAAAACCUGUCCAUUGAGGUUACACUGAAGGAGAACAAAGCGGUCCCUAAAUUCAAAGUUAACUUGCCCAGAAAAGUGUUUGAGAAAACCAGAGACGGCUUCACAAAUGGGGAGAUGAAGGUCGUGGUGUUGUCGGCCACAAGUGAGACCCUCUUUCAGGAUAAAGAUUCUAGUUCACUCCUUGGUGGAAAUGUGGUUGGCAUCUCAGUGGGCAACAUGCCUGUCCAUGGGUUGCCCAAAGAAGAACGGAUUUCUAUCACCUUUUGGUACCACCAUCUUCAGAGGAAUUUGACUCCCACAUGCGUGUUCUGGGAUGCAGGCUCCAAGGCCAGCCACCUGGGCAAGUGGAACACAUCAGGGUGUGAAGUGGAGAAAGGAGAACAUCAAAUAACCUGCCUCUGUGACCAUCUCACCUUCUUUGCGGUGCUCAUGGUGUCAUCUCCAGACAUAGACCACAUCCACUAUGAGUACCUGACGAUUGUGACUUACAUCGGCUGCAUCAUUUCAGCUCUAGCUUCGUUCUUCACCAUCUUCUUUUUCCUUUGUUCAAAGAAGAAGCAGAGAGACCACAUUGUCUAUGUCCAUAUGAAUCUCCUCUGGGCCAUCUUUCUCCUGGACAUGAGCUUCCUCAUCGCGGUGCCCCUGGCUCCUACUGGAGGGGACACAGCUUGCAAAACUGGUGGGAUGUUCCUGCACUUUGCCAUGCUUGCGUGCUUCACUUGGAUGGCCAUUGAGGGCUACAGUCUCUACCGGCUGGUGGUCGAAGUCUUCAACUCCUAUGUCAAACAUUUGGUCCUCAAGUUCUGCGUGGUGGGCUGGGGUCUUCCCUUGUUCAUCGUGUGUCUCAUUUUCAUGAUUGAUCGAUCGCACUACGGCCCUUCCUCUUUUAAGAUCUACCAGGCUGCGGGUGAAUACACCAAUUCAACCAUCUGUUGGAUUACCAAAAAAGAGAUCAACAAUUUCCUCAAUUUGGGCUAUUUAAGCCUGGUGCUCUUCUUCAACACCAUCAUGCUGGGCACCAUGGUGUAUGAGAUUCUCAGGCUGAGACACCGAGAGCAUCAAUGGGGAUAUGCAGUGAUGCUCCUGGGCCUGAGCUGCGUCCUGGGCAUCCCUUGGGGGCUGGUGUUCUUUGCGUUCGCUUCCGGGACCUUUAAGUUGGUGGCUGUCUAUCUUUUCACCAUCAUCAACUCUCUCCAAGGCUUCUUCAUCUUCCUUUGGUACUUGGCCAAAGUGCUGCAGUCUCGCAGGUCGAAAUCCCUGCAGUGCUCGACUUCCAACAGCUUGAAGCUCCAAUCCAGCAGCACCGACAUCUGACCUUCUCCUGGCCGGGAGGACUUUGGGUGUGAAACGUCCAUGGGAGGAUCUUCUUGGAAACUCAGCCAAACAAUUCUUGGGUGGACUUGGGUGACUUUGUACUUCUGGGUAGCUUAGAGACCACACUGAUCUGUUUUCCUUCAAUAUGUGUAUGACUCUUUUUUUUCUAAUGUAAAUAUUACUAUUUUUUAAAUUCCUCUGGUGUAAAAAGUUUAUGAGAGUACAUGGAAAUUUAAACUAUGUAUAUUAAAGACAAAUUUUAUUCAUCCGGAUGUGAUUACAUCUGGAUAAAUAUAGUUCAAAAUA